UUUUAACAUUAGGAACAACAUACUGGUUUAAUAAAAAUGAUGAAUGCUUAUCCAUUGAAGUACUUGGCUAAAUACUAACAUCUUUUAAUGCAACUACAUUGAUUUCUGUUCAAACUUUGGUACAUCAAACCACUGCAUUGCUCUUUGAAAGCUGAGGGUCAUACUAGUUUAACAGCUUUGGGUCAGAUUUGUUGUCCGGAAUGAUUUAUCUUUGGUUUUCAUCAGUGAUGCGUUGGCUGAAUUUACUUGUUUCUUUUUAAUAUGUAUUCAGAAUCUGAUAAUCCAAACCAUCAUUUUGCCCUGUAACGUGGGGGCGGACUACCUGUAUGUGUAUGUGAAGUAACGUGUAUUAGUAAAACGAUUAAUGCUGGGGUUAGAAAGGUGAGGUUAAACUGGUCACUUGGCUGUUACUAUUGACUUGAGUUCAGUGAAGUUUGGGGUAGUAGGUUCUUGCAUGGGCACAUGGGAGAACAGCUCUUUGAAAUGCAUAAUAAAUAAAUAGGGUGGAUAAUCUAGAUUUAAAGUGUUAUUUGCUAACUGACUUGUACUGACUGCAUCUCUCAAGCUACUUUCUUCCUUAUCUGGUGUACUUGAGGAUUUCGCAUUGCCUUGCCUACAUGAGAGAAAUAGAGUUGCCAAUCUUCAGUCCCGUGUUCUGGAAGGCAUUUCUCAUGCUCCCAAAGAACACCGUGAAGUCCUGUCCUUUCCUAUUUGUCUUUCUGUUGUGGGUUCCAGUGAUGGAAGGACCAAUUCUGCUUCUGGAGAGAGCUAAAUGCAUUGAAAUUCUGCAGUUUGGAAAUGGAUUUGUUAUGGAUGUCUGCUUAUCCUUCUUGCCUGGCAGCAAUGUACCAAUACUGGCUUGUGGUGGUGAUGACUGCAAAAUACAUUUGUUUAUACAGCAGAAUGGCCAGUUUCAGAAAACAUUAAUACUCCCUGGCCAUGAAGAUUGGAUAAGAGGCAUUGAAUGGGCAGUCUGUGGUGAAGACCUUUUCUUAGCAAGCUGUGCCCAGGAUUGUUUGAUAAGAAUUUGGAAAGUGUGUACAAAAUCAAAGCAACUUCCAGAAACUGAAGAUGAUUCCAUAAGACUGAAAGAGAAUGUUUUUACUGUCAAAGAUACUGAUACAACAUAUGCAAUUACUUUGGAGUCUGUAUUGGCUGGUCAUGAAAACUGGGUGUAUGCAGUUCACUGGCAACCUUCAUUUUCCAAAGAUGGCAGCAUGCAACAACCAAUGAGGAUACUGUCUGCAUCAAUGGACAAAACUGUGAUCAUCUGGGAACCUGAUAAGGAAUCUGGAGUCUGGCUAGAACAGGUGCGGGUAGGUGAAGUGGGUGGCAAUACCCUUGGAUUUUUUGACUGUCACUUUAGUCCAGAUGGUUCAAUGAUAGUCGCUCAUGCUUUUCAUGGAGCACUACACCUUUGGAAACAGGCUACAGUUAAUAAGAAAGAAUGGACUCCAGAAGUUGUGAUUUCAGGACAUUUUAACAGUGUAGAAGAUGUAAAGUGGGACCCAGAAGGAGAGUUUAUCAUCAGUGUUGGUUCGGAUCAAACUACUAGACUCUUCGCUCCAUGGAAAAGAAAACAAGAGACAGAGGUAACCUGGCAUGAAAUCGCAAGGCCUCAAGUACAUGGAUACGACAUGCGUUGUCUGGCAAUGAUCGGCCGGUUUCAGUUUGUGUCAGGAGCAGAUGAAAAAGUACUUCGAGUUUUUCGUGCUCCCAAGAAUUUUAUAGAGAAUUUCAGUAACAUCACUGGUAUUCCAAUGGAGAAGCUGUGCUCCCACGUAAGUCAAUCAUCUGAUCUGCCAGAAGGUGCAACUGUGCCAGCUUUGGGAUUAUCCAAUAAAGCUGUUUUUGAAGGAGAUAUGGCUGUUCAACCAGCUGAGGAUGAAGAAACAUUUAAUACCAUUUCAAAUCAGUAUCCUGAGAUUUAUUUUCAACCCUUGAUCCUUACAGAACCUCCCCCAGAGGAUCACUUGCUGCAGAAUACCUUGUGGCCUGAAAUUCAGAAGUUAUAUGGACAUGGAUAUGAAAUUUUUUGUGUUGCUUGCAAUAAUUCAAACACUGUAAUUGCCUCAGCAUGUAAGGCUUCAAAAAAAGAACAUGCAGCAAUUAUUUUGUGGAGUGCUACUUCUUGGAAGAAAUUGCAGAGUUUGUCAUUUCACAAUCUGACUGUUACUCAGCUGGCAUUUUCUCCUAAUGACAAAUUUUUAUUAGCUGUUUCUAGAGACAGGAAUUGGUCACUGUGGAGGAAACAAGACUCAUCAGAGUCAGGACCAGUCUUCAGUUGCUGUGCAUACACAGACAAAAAUACAGCUGUUCACAGUCGAAUCAUUUGGUCUUGUGAUUGGACACCAGACAGCAAGUAUUUUAUUACUGGCAGUCGGGACAAAAAGGUCAUUAUCUGGGGCCAGUGCAAUUUAUCUGUGACCACUGAAGGGAAUAUGUUGGAUUCAAUCAAGCCUUGUUCAACGGUACUGGAUGCCGGGGAUUCUGUUACUGCUGUUAGUAUCAGCCAUGUGCUUACUCCUGAUGGAAGAUAUAUUGUUGCAGUAGGCUUAGAGAAUGGGAAGAUUAUCUUGUACACAUGGAAGCAGAGUGGGCAAGAACCAGCACUAGCUGAUUGGACUACGUGUGUUGAGAUGGAUAACAGCCAAAGUCAUGCUCUUGCUGUGAAACGUUUAUGUUGGAGACAUCAUGCAGGCAGAGGUGGACAUAAUGAUCAGAACAGCAGUGAGUGGUUGCAGCUUGCAAGUUGUGGAGCUGAUCACUGUGUUAAGAUAUUCAAUGUCAACAGAUUUGCUCUUUAGCAAAGAGAGCAGGCCUGUCUGUGCAAAACAGAUUCACAACAUUUUAUUUCAGCUUUUAGCCAUUUUGAUUGUUGAUUUUUCUGUUUUCUGCCAUGGAAAGUGAAACAUCUGACAUGUAACUUAAUAAAGCAACUUUUGUGGUAGUUUGAAA